GUUUCCGGGUUACGUACAAGUGAUGUUCCACUGUUGUCAGUUCUCAAAAUAAUCGUUCAUAACAAUCGUUUCUACGUCCAAAAAAUUACCUUAAGUGGUGAAAUUUUUGAGUAUACGCGCUUGUGGUUAUUUUGCAAGUAUUAUAUUAUCAACUAUUGGUCCUAUUAUUCGGAUUUCGAUCGCUAUAAGAUACUACAAAUAAAGUGGAAAUGUCCCAUUGAAACGUCGUGUCAACAAACUGGAUAUCCGGUAGAGCGGUAAAUUUAAAAAUCAAGGGAUUUGAAAAAAAUGAGAAAUGGAAUCACAAACUGAACAGGCCGAGCUUUUGGAGACUGUUGUGAUAGCUGGAGAACAACAACCUCAAUAUUUGAUUCAUAGGAUACCUGAAAAUCAGCAAUUGAUCACUCCAGAACUGUUGCAGAAUCAUGGGGGCCUUGUUGUGGAUAUCGGUGGAGGUGAUUUCAUCCCUGUUAACUAUUCAUCAGAAGACCUUCUCUCACAAGAUUUAACUGAUGAAGACAGAAAUUUGGCUGCUGCAUUGGUUGCUGUGCAGCUCAGUCAACAACAAAAACAACAGCAACAAAUUCAAGAUGCCAACGCUCUGUCUCAAUUAGAUACUAAUACAACAUUAGGAGAUAAAAUUUUGGAAGAGCAGGUGAUUAUCGACAAAAGCGGUGGAUUAAAUGGUGGUUAUUUGCAAAUUGUUGGUUCUGACAGUAUUUAUGUUGAAAAAGAAGUUAUACCAAAAUUUGUUCCCAAUAGUAAAGAUGCAUCACAAAGGUACAUAAGUGAUAUACCUAUAGAAUCAGUAUCCCAUGAGGACGAAGAAGAGUUGGAUAAACGAGAAUCCGAUGGAUUGGAAGGAGAUAAGAAUGAGAACAGAUCCUCUAAAAAAACUCUUCCUCAUAAGAAAAGGAUCACUAAAAAACUGAAAAAGUCACCGGCAUCCACCAAGAAAAUCAAAUGUAACUUAUGUGAACAGCUCUUUGCAUCUGGUGAUGAAUUUGCCCAACAUGAAUUACUCUGCCAGACUACCAUUACACCUAUCACUACAAAUCUUUUCAACUGUCAGCUGUGCAAUGCCUCUCUCACUGAUCAGUUGCAGUUCUUCGAACAUCUGAAAGCUCACUAUGAACCCUCCGCAACGAUUACAAAUGUUCCCAAGAACGGCAUUGAUGCUAAUCCUGCGGAAAAUGAAGAUGAAAAGCCAACUGAUGUUAAAAAAGAUGCUCCUCCUGAACCUACUGCCAAAGAUAGUAUUUUAUCAGUACUUAGCCUCACUUGCACAGUAUGCAAUAAAACAUUCCGGAAACAGAAGACUUAUGAAGCUCACAUGAAGGAAGUGCAUGAGAAAUAUGAACUCAAUGAAUUCAGUGAACCGGAGGAUCUAAUGGAAGGUAUAGACGUGUCCGUUAAUUCUAAUCACGGUUCAGAUAAUGAAGACACUGAUUCUAAAGCAUGGUAUAAGGAAGAGGAAUUGCAACAAACUGAGGAGGAUCUCAAAGAAAUAGAUGCGGAAGACCAUGUUUGCCAUAUAUGCAACCAACCUUUUCCCUUACGAGCUAUACUACUACAACAUUUAAUAUCGUGUCGUGCUAUAACCGGCAAUACAAAGCCUACGUCCCCAGAAAUUGUGAAGAAAAAAAACAAAAAGAAUACGAAAGAUAAAAUUCCUUGCACUCUUUGCGAGCGUACCUUCACCCACAGAAACUCUCUGAUGUAUCACUUGCAUAGUCAUCAUACUAGAGUGAGACCUCACCAAUGUGAAACUUGUGGAAAGCGAUUUUUCGCUUCUAGUGCACUGAAAGUACACCGGAGAUUACAUUCAGGAGAGAGACCUUACCACUGUUCAGAAUGUGGUAGGAACUUUAGACAGUGGGGUGAUUUGAAAUAUCACAUGACUUCUCUCCACUCGACUGAGAAACAAUUUCAGUGUGAAUACUGCGGCAAAGAGUUUGCCAGGAAAUAUUCUCUAGUUGUACAUAGGAGAAUACACACAGGGGAAAAAAAUUACAAGUGUGAAUUCUGCGAAAAAACUUUCAGAGCUUCUUCGUACCUCCAAAAUCAUAGAAGAAUUCAUACUGGUGAAAAGCCUCAUGAAUGUGAUAUAUGCGGUAAACCAUUUAGAGUGAGAUCGGAUAUGAAAAGACAUCAAAAGUCUCAUACAAAGAAACCUAACAGUAAAAGAAUAUACAAGCUUGAGAACUUGGAAAUUCCAGUCGAAACCCCAAAAACCAAGGAGGAGAUCGACAAUGGGUCCAAUGAUACCGCUGAGCUUCACAUUAACGAUCCAGAACCAGAAACCGAAAUUUUAUAUGAAGAUCCUCUGGCCCCUAGGGAUGGAAUGUAUACCAACGGACAUCAACUUUUUUUGGUAACAUAUUCCGGAGAUGUAACAAAAAUGGAUUCUACUUGGAUCCAGACUACAACAUAAGAGCUAAAUGGGACACGAAAUAAUGUUUGCCACAAAAACAUUGAUCUAAUACUUUUAAUUAUAUGAAAAGUGAACUAAAUUUUACUUAAAGAUUAUUAUUGUUGAUAGCUAUUAAACUCCAAAUAUAAACAUUUUUUAAGCA